UUUAGCUCGGUCUGCAUGGAUGUCGGAGGGCUGAAUGUGACGUUUGUCUACAUAUCGACUCCCAUGACCUGGACUGAGGCCCAGAGCUACUGCAGAAAACACCACACAGACCUGGCCAGUGUGAGGACCGCAGCAGAGAACCAGAAGGUAGACAACGUGAUACCUGCAGGUGCAGCAUGGAUCGGCCUCUUCAGAGACUCCUGGAAGUGGUCGGAUGGAAGUAACUCCUCAUUUAGGUACUGGGCUCCAGGUCAACCUGAUAAUGCUGGAGGGAAAGAUGCUUGUGUGGCGGCAGACUUGGGCAAUGAUGGAAAAUGGUACGACGAUCCCUGUGACCUGGAGAGACCCUCCAUCUGCUACGCACUACUCCCUGUGGCUACAAAGCACAGGAUCAAAGUGCGUCUGGUGAGAAAGGACUCCUCUCUGGAUCUCAACAACCCUGCUGUGAUGGAACAAAUGUUGAAGGAGGUCCAACAGAGGCUGAAGGACCAGGGGGUGAAAGGAGACGUCAAACUGAGCUGGAGGAAGCAGGCAGAUGGAAAGGUCUUCCACAAGGAGGAGGAGGAGGAGACAAAGGAGAAGAAGACCCGUCGCAAGAGGGACGAGAUUUAAAGGGGCACUACGU